AUGUCUGACUACAAUGGCACAUACCCUGAAGAGAUUUUUGGCCUCUCCGAUCUCAAAGAACUGAGGCUCGAGUACAACGACAAGUUCGUGCGAUCACAGCUACCACAAAACUUCACCGCCCUGAAGAAGCUGCGGUUCUUCUCAAUGGCGCAGACGAACGUGUAUGGUGGAAUCUCGGAGAUGGUCAGCGAUAUGGAGGCUCUCGAGCACUUGGAUUUGGGGAAGAAUCCACUGACAGGAGAGAUCCCGGGCAGCAUUUUUGCUCUGAGGAACUUGAGAGAGCUGUAUGUGUACAGGACUCAUGUGUCCGGGUCGAUCCCUCAGGCAGUCAGCGCUGCGAAUCUGAGCACUGUCCAAAAACAAUCUAUCGGGCACGAUCCCCCGGACUUUGGCAAGUUUUCCCCCCUCACAAGAUUCGAGGUGGCCUUCAACAACUUGACUGGCGCAUUGCCGGAACAACUAUGCCAUGGCGGCAUGCUGUCCGGGUUGGCUGCUAUGGACAACAAUCUCAGUGGGGAGUUGCCGGAGUCACUCGGAAAUUGCAGUACUUUGUCUGUAGCGAUGCUGAAAAACAAUGGAUUCACUGGCAAUGUGCCUGGAGGACUCUGGAUGUUGCGGAACUUGACGGGUUUGAUCUUGAGUGGUAAUGGAUUAACUGGCGAGCUUCCUGAGGAGCUGUCCCCAAACCUCACUCGGAUCGAGAUGAGCAACAACAAAUUCUUCGGCAAGAUUCCGAGCACGUUGUCUUCGUGGAGGAACUUGGUGGUGUUCGAUGCUAGUAAUAACCUCCUCACUGGCACGGUUCCGGCCGAAUUGACCGAGCUUCCUAAGCUGACGAGGCUUUUGCUCGGUCAGAACGAGCUCUCCGGGAUUCUUCCCACAGACAUCGUUUCAUGGAAAUCCUUGACCACUCUGAAUCUUAGUCACAAUAAGAUCUCGGGACAAGCGAAAUCGGUAUUCUACCUGAACUCACGCAGUUGGAUCUGUCUGACAACCAACUGUCCGGCUUGA